CUUUAUUGAGUAGUGAUUAGAAACAAAUGUAAUAGACCUUUAAUAAUGCGGGGGCGUCAUGGUAGGCUACUUACUUGAUUCGUUGAGUCCAAGAAUCGCCAUAAGUCAUCUGACUUUUUUGUGAUUGCAUAGGCGUCACUGUAUUGGACCAAAACAAAGUUGAAGUGUGCAUUAUAAACAUGAGGGCUGGCCUUCCAGGGAACUUGUUGAGACGAACUUAACGUCUUUUUUUCUUCUUAAGUUGACUAACCUGUAUGUGUAGCUAACGUUAUAAUAGCCUACAUCCGGAAUUCAUGAGAAUGGCUGGGAAAGUGAGAAGGUUUUACGACCUGACAGCUAAACUACUUUCUGGAGAAAGCUUCAGUUUCUCUUGUCUAAAGGGGAAAGUUGUUCUCAUUGAGAAUGUGGCGUCUCUAUGAGGAACAACAACCAGGGACUAUACUCAGAUGAACGAACUCAACAGUAGUUACUCCGCAAAGGGACUCGUUAUUCUGGGUGUGCCCUGUAAUCAGUUUGGACAUCAGGAGAACUGCAAAAAUGAUGAAAUCCUAAGGUCUCUGAAGUAUGUCCGUCCAGGAAAUGCCUUUGAACCCCAGUUUCAGCUCCUUGAGAAGGUGGAUGUGAACGGAAAGGAUGCCCACCCUUUGUUUGUAUAUCUGAAAGAGAAGCUUCCAUUCCCCUGUGAUGAUGCCAUGGCUCUCAUGACUGAUCCAAAGUUCAUAAUUUGGAGUCCUGUCAGUAGGAAUGACGUGUCCUGGAACUUUGAGAAGUUUCUGAUCAGUCCUGAUGGGGAGCCUUACAAGCGCUACAGCAGAAAUGUCCUUACCAUUGACAUUGAGGCAGAUAUUAAAGAGCUACUUAAGAAGGUCAAGUAAAGUAUGCUGCAACACGCUGGGUGGUUGUAAGGGAUAUCACUUAUAACUAGCCUGGCCAAAAAGACAAAUCAUCUGUUCUGAUUAUUUCAUCAUGUUUUUUCACCUUCACUGUCAAACUCAAGUGCAACAUUACCUAAGUUUGUGAUAUUUCCAGUGCAGUAUACUAUGGCUGUUCAGCAUGUUUACUAAAUGAAGAAACACUUUGAAACCUUUUGGUAAGGGAGUUUCUGAUGAACAUGUAAAAGACUGAUUCUGCCACAUGUGUAUAUCACAAAUAUCUUCAUUGGGUAGACCUAAAAGAGGAGAAAUAAAAAUAUAAUGGCAUACAAAAUGCUACUGUCAUUU